AUGCAGAGCGACUUCAACGGCAGGCAGUACGACGCGGUUUUUUGCGAGAAGGCCCUUGCAAUGAUUGCAGAUCAGCGAAGACUCUGCUACCAGAUGCGGGUCCUUUGCAGGACGGUGCAAGCUGCGGCCGGGGGCAACGUGGGCAGAAACUCUGCUCUGCGUCAGCAGCUCACCCUGCUCAAUCAGAGGAGGGUGCGCCGUGAAGCAGAUCAGGCUCCCAUGCAGGAUCCAGAGCACGGUACCCAGGGCCGGCGGCUGCGCCCCUCCGCCAGCUUGGAUGUCCUGACCGCUCCGACGGAGGAGAUUCCCAGCGACUCUACUCGACGGGACAGGAGCCCUCAGCUCAGCAGGGUCCAAGAGGAAAGCUCGCGGGAACUCGAUCGGAGCCGCACACGCUCCGAGUCCCUCGAGGAUGAGGAUAUGGUUAGACCCAAGAAGAGCCGGGUCCUGUUUGCACCGGACGUGGGCGAGUGCGACGACACCCAGACCCAAGGGUCAGGAUCCCCGUCCUCGUUUCCCAGAGAGCGUUCCGCUUCUGCCGUGAGCCUCUGCAGGCUGCCCUCGCAGGAAGGUCGACUGGAGUCGGAGGAGUUGGUCCCGACGUCCAGGUGCCCCUGCUUUGCAUGCUGCUUUCGGCAGAAUCAGAAGCCCAAACAGGACAUCAUUCGUGAGGAGUGGAGAUACGAUCCAAGCUUGCAGCAGUUUGGAAACCAGGACCUGACACUGCUGGAUGUCAGCGGAGUGAAGCUGCCAGUAGACCCGACCCAGUCUCUCGGAGCGUUGGAGCCCAAGAGGUGUUUCGUGGCGAACUCGGCUGUAGCCCCUGUGGUGCUGGCAUAUCAGGCGACUGAAGCUGACGAAGGGGACAGCAUGCAGACCGGCCACCGACUGUAUGCCAUGAAGAAGGGCGACGACCUGCGGCAGGAUGCCCUCGUCUUGCAGAUCUUUCGCCUCAUGGAGACAGCCUGGGCAGAGCACGGUCUCAGGGAAGUCUCGCUCAUGCCCUACGACGAGGGUUUCGCAGCUUUCGUGCCCAAAGCCAAGAACGUCUCACGCAUCCUCGAGGAGUUCGAUGGCGACAUCACCGAGUUCAUCAAGAAGCACUGUAGUGGUUCCACCUCCUCCGCUUAUGACCGGCUGUGCGGCAGCACGGCAGGGUACUGCGUGGCCACGUACCUGCUUGGAAUCGGAGAUCGACAUCUCGACAACAUCAUGAUGACGGAGGAUGGUCACUUCUUCCACAUUGACUUUGGCUUCGUCCUCGGCGAAGACCCCAAGCCCGGCUGUCCGGCAGAUACGACCGAUUUCGUGAACUUCUCCGGGAGGCCUUCACGCUCAUUCGCCGGACCGCUCGUCUCUGGACGGCGCUUCUUUCAUUGGCGGCGAGCGCUGGAGGGAAUGGCGUCACAGUGUUGCGAGACCAUGCGGAGCUCGCAAUCCAUAUUGUCAGAGAGCGACUGCACCUUGAGCUCGAUGACGCAUCAGCAGCUGCUGAGAUUACAGCUGAGGUCGAGCACAACGCGGCGGCCAUGCUUCCCGUCAUCUACGACAAGCUGCACCAGGUGCAACGGUUCGAAGACCGGGGCAGACCGCAGCAGGUUUGUUUUGGCACUGAAGAGCAGCGGUGUGGGAUCGCCGGCGCUCCGAAGACGACGAAAUACCUCAGCUCACCUUUGA